AGGAGCCUCUGGAACGCCGUGAAACACGAGAACUUCAUCUUCAGUUUCAGAAACAGCCUGGUGGCUGAGGCCUAUACCCAGCUGUCUGUGAAGUACGCGGAGUGGGAGUGGGAAUUCCGCAAGGAGAUGCAUCUCUGGAUGUCCAAAACAGAAACCACCAUCCAGAACCAAUCCCCAGACGAUCUGGGUCCAGGCACCUUUGAGAAACUAAGGCUGGAAGUUCACCAGAUGCUGCACAGUGGGGAGCAGAAGAUGCUGCAGAGCCUUCAGAGCUACUUUGAGAGUGGAGCCGGGAGUCUGCACCUGGUAGAGAAAUACAGAGAAGACUUUCACCGAAGCGUGACAUUUCUCCGGCACGAACUGGAGAGCUAUUUGCUCUGCAAGUCCGAAGAGGCCAUUCGUAUCCAGAAAGGUCGGAGCAAGAUAGACCAUUUGCAGGCCGGAUACAUGAAAGUCAUUGAAGGGAAGGUGGACGGGCUCUUGCGGGACUGCAGGGAGAGGGAAAUGGAGCUAAAGCCCAAGGAACUGGAAAGGGAGUUUGCCAAGAUGUGGAAGGAAACCUUAGCAGAGCUGCCGCUGGAGCGCUUACCCCUACGCCAAAUCCACGAAGACGUCUACUACCAGCUGUGCAAGGACCUGGAGAACAGAGGGAGUUUGGUCAAGCAGAUGCUCCAUAAAGCCCAGAACUUGCUCACCUAUCAAAGCAAACCCUUCCGCAUGAAGAAUGAGUAUCUGGACUUGGGUUGGUACAAAGCAGCUGUGGAGUUUAUAACACAGCAAUAUUGGCGUGAAUUGGAAGAGUUCACAAAGUCCCUGGUGGAGGAGUGUAGGAGGUACAUUUGGCAGAAGGUCCACUCCCAAGGGGAUUACGACCAGACUUACUGCAGGGAAUUGCUGCGGAUGAUCAACGAGAGGCUCCAGGAGAACGUCGCUGGGAAGAUUCGCACCAGUGCUUCCUUCGAAGUCGAUUUAAAGCUUCACAUCCUGGGAGAGGCAGCCAGCACUUUCCAGAAGAUGCACGAAGACUUUCUCAAGAAGAACGACCCUCAGCGUCGCCUGGAGGAGCUGAGACCUCAGUAUUUCUCCACCUUCAGAGACCUUUACUAUGAGAAGGAUGCCUGCCAGAAGAGAGCUUUUGAUUUCUGUGACCGGUGCCUGAGACCCGCCCUGUGGGAAUAUAUGAAGAAAAGACUCGGGAUUGAGAUAGUGGACAACUUUCUCAGCAGUGGAGAGUCCAUCGAGUAUGGCAGCCGGAGCUUCUUCCAGUUCACCAUGCAGAAGAAGCUGCUGGAGGAGAUGGACUUCAAUAACUACGUGAAAUACGUCAGUAACUAUGAAGUGUUUGUCAAAUCCUGGAUCCAGACACGCCUGGUCAGCCACUACAGAGAGACUGGGAGCUUGGGAGAACUGGAGAGAAAGGUUCUAGCCACGAUAAUGAAGAAAAUCCGGGACGCUCUGGAGAGCUUUGAGUGCCAAGAUGCCGUCACCAUCUCUGAGUUCUUGGAGCAGUUUUGCCAAGCACUGUGCAAAGAGCUGGUCAUCUCCAAGGACAGUUUGGAGGUGAUCCUCUUCAAAAACACAGCCAGUGUCGGGCAGUUCUCAGCUGACAUCCAGACCUUCCUCCCCCAGGUGGAAGAAAGCAUCCUCUUGGGAUGGAAAGAGCUGGGUGGGGAGAUGGUCUUCACACAGCUCCAGUUCAAGCCUCAGGAUGAGAUCUUCAAGCGCGUGUUUGGCUGUGGGAAGCAGUGUCCGUUCUGUAAAGUCCCCUGUGAAGCAGGAGGCAGCGACCACAAGCAGCAUUUUGCAUCAGUGCAUCGGCCUAAAGGGCUGGGGGGCUACAGUUAUGAGACAACUGAUAGGCUUGUGUAUUCUUUGUGCUCCUCUGAUGUAGUUUCUAGUAAAUCAUUUAAAAACCUGAACACGGCAUUCAAAUGGCAUCCCUACAAAGAUUAUCGCCAAUUCUACCCCACCUGGCACAUUCAACCGGACCCCAGCAUCAGCGCCUCCGAUUAUUGGAAGUUCAUAUUCAGAAAGUUCAAUCGACAGUUUGCCAGAGAGUACAAUGUGCAGCCUGCCGAUCUCCCCCCGGAGUGGAAGAAAAUAACCAAGGAGCAGGCUCUGGGCAGCAUCCGAGAGGCAUUUAACAUGGAAUAGAGGCUGGCUCUCUGCAUUAUGAUACAGUCUUUAAUUCCAUAACAAGGCGCCGUCAGUCUUAAUCCUGGCAUUUUGUUACUUCCCAGGGCUUGAUUUUGCCACCUGAAGGCUCCUUUAAUGUAGUUCUUUGUGUGUAAUUGCCUAGGUUUAAAAAAAAUAAAUGGAAAAACAAAGCA